AUGGUCCAUCUCAUCUCUCUGAUAGUCCGCCAACCUAUCAAGUUCUUUUUUUUCUCAUACACUUUCUUGGCCGAGGCCACCAUCUCGCUCUUGAAGCGCGUCCUCGUCCCCCAUUUCCCACGUUAUCAGUCGUUGAGAACAGAAUUCCAACGAGCUUACCUGGCCUCGGCGUCAAUAUACCUGCCCGACAUCGUACAUCGACUCCCCGUUCAAAAUUGCCCCGAGAGCAAAGCAAGGGAGGUGGGCAAAGGCUGGACUGGCUAUCUGGUCCCCGGCUCCAGAGACUUGGCUGAAUUUGCUGGUGGUGUUGCUGCUGCUGAUCGAAAGGCUGUAGUGCUGUACGUCCAUGGAGGCGGGUAUGCGCGAGGUGAAGCAAGGCAGUACUUGAGAUACUAUGAACGAUGGAUCAGAGAGGCCGCGAAGGCCGGGCUUGAUUUGAUCUUUCUCACCGUUGAAUACACGUUGAGCACAGAGGCGACACAUCCGCGGCAGCGAGACGAGUGUCUGGCCGCCUAUCGAUACCUCCUGGACGAGGGCAUCUCUCCUAUGCAAAUCCUGCUCAUGGGUGACUCAGCCGGCGCGGCGUUGUCCAUAAUGCUUGGUCUGGAACUCGACCGGCUCGGGUUGCCCCAGCCUUCCGGGACCGUCCUGAUCUCCCCGUGGCUGGACUGCUCACUCAGGCAGUAUGAGGGCGGCAGCCCCCUGGUCGCGACGGACUAUGUCGUGACGGCGAACCAGUCAGUGCCGAUGAUGUACAAGAUGUUCCUGGGCGACCUUCCAGGCGACUCUCCUGACGUAAACCCGCUUUUUCGGCCAGCGGAGGGGAUCAAGUGCCUAAGCCCGCAGUUAAUACUUGUGGGUGGAGCAGAGUUCGCGAUGCAGGAUGGCCGGGAUUGGUCCUAUUUGUGUCGCGAGGCGGGUCUGAGACAUGAGAUGGUCGUGGAAUGGGGUCAGCUGCAUAUCUUUGCCAUGGGCUCGAGGUGGAUUGAGCCCCAGGUCCGCCGGAGGACGGACAAGAAGAUCAUCAGUUGGAUGUUAGCUUGUAUCAAGUCAGCUUAA